CUUUUAUAACGCACUUUUAAAUUUUACAAAUGUAUUAUUUUUUUAUGUUAAUACUGAGUACUGAGUUAGUUUAUCGAUAUGAAUAUACUCUUAGCCCUUAGCGCUUAUUCUUAUGGCCUUAAAACAGACUGUAGUACUGAGUAAGUGCUGUACUGUAGUGUAGACUGGCUUUUUUAUCUCUAGGCCUAGGUAGGAGUCUAGGUCUAGGCCUAGGUCCUAGGCCUAGGUUAGGGCAGGUUAAGGUAAGGUGACCAAACGUCCUAUAAUAACGGGAUUUUUCACGAUCAUACCCGUUGUCCCGAAAAAGUCUCUCGGGACCCCCAAAAUGUCCCUUUUUUUAAACCUAACGCAUUUCCUACUCACUAAAACUUCCUAAUUUAUAAGAUAACUUAAACUUCCAAUAAUAUUUUGGCUUGCUGUGUAAGUGUAGCCAGGUGUUUGUUUUGGGUGUUGAACUUAAUUCCUUAAUUUUAUAUUAUCUUCUCAUGUAAACAAUAAUUAUGCCCAAGCGUCAAUGUAAGUUUAUGGAUGAGUAUUCCAAAGAGUAAAACUAUAUUAAAAUGGAACGCUAUGAAAGUGAAGCCCAGUGCACAGUUUGCAAUAAUGAUAAUGUUUUUAGUAUUGGUCAUUACUCAUGGUGGAGAUUCAGACAUAAAACAAUACACCGCAACAGUGAAACAUAGGAUAAGACUUAGUGCCCCAAGUAGAUUUCUGGGUUAGAUUUCAUAGUUCAAAGGAGCAUAUUUCAAUAAACAGUUCCCGGCUGAGGCCUCCGGACCCCUCUUUAACUGGAGGGUAUUCGCCCCCUCCCCCCCCCCCCCCCCACCAAAAAAAAAAACCCAAACAAAACCGUCCUUGAAAGCGUCCCGUUUUUUCCAAAUCAUAAUUUGGUCACCCUACUCUAGGUAGACCUAGCCGAGCCUUAAAUAAAUCAACAUAACAACUUGGACUUGGUUGACAGUUAACAGUACAAUCACGUCACCCAGUGGUACCUCGUAUUACCUCAGGUUACGAACAUAAUUUGUUCCAGAACUCGGUUCGUAACCCGAAAUGUUUGUAAACUCAAAAAAUAGAGACAAUCCCACAAUCCGUUUCAAGACAAUCAAGAUGAAAUAAUUGUUAUUUUUUAAUAACAACAUCUAGUCAUUUCCCUGACAAAACACAAAGAAUGCGUGUACUUCACAUAUUAAAUAAAGUUAAAGAGAAAGAAAACAACCAAAUAAAUCAAAUGUAAAAAGAAAAAAUUAAUAAAGUCUCUAUUUAUGUUUCUUACCAAGAAAACGAUCAUGGGAAAUGUGUCACUUUCAUUUCUAUUCUGAAUCAUUCGUAUCAGGAGUUUCUUGUUGCUUCUUCUUGGCAACCAACUGGCAAUCUUUCUGCACCAGGAAACUAUCAAAGAAAAUUUUUUGCUUCCUUUGCUGGAGAAUCUUUACGAUCUGUAGAUGAUCGUUGGUCUCAUUAAACCUUGCGACCUUGCUCUGUCUCUCUCUCUCCAUCGCCUUCGUUCGUAAUCUGAGGCACUGUUCGUUACUCUAGAUUCUAGACCAAUUUAUAAAUAUAGCUCCUCGCUCAAAACUAAUUUGCUACCCCUUUUUUCUAAAGACUAAAACUAAGGCUAUGUUUAAAAUGAGUUGUUAUAUAAUGCUUAAUAGUAAUAUAGUAAGCCUAAUUUUAUCAAAUCUUACUUUGAUAAAGAUGUCAACUGUGUGUAAGCACUAGUUACACUGAAACAGAGUUACCACAGUAACGUUUUUAGUUUAUUUUAAGGCUGUUCUUCAUUUGUUGGGUGUUGUCAGAAACUCUGGUAGACCGUCACAUCAUUAUUUUAAAAUCUAAUUAGUUUAAAUAUGUCUUUCCUUUAUUAUAGGAAGCCCUAAAAUAACUAACAUUUAUUGCAGUUUACAAUUUCUUUCACUUUACCUUUUACCUAGUAACUGAAAUAUAGUGGUUGUCAAAGACAAGUCAAUGUAAUGGUCCAUAGACACAUUUUGAAAGGAAAUCAAAUAGGAAGACAAUAACUAAUCUAUCAAAAAAUUACUCAGGUGCAAUGUGGAUAAAUUCAUGCUUGUGGCCUACUGAGAAGAACUGGUGUUAAAUGGUCACACAAAUUUACUGCUUAGGUCACAAUGAUUUACACCCAGGUAAAAUUAGAAUUACAAUUAUUGUGCUUUAUGCAUGGAUACAAAGAUAGAUGAUUGUAUACAUUGAAUAAAUCACAUAAUAUGAAAUUGUUUUUAAGUUAUGCUUUAUGCAAGGAUACAAAGAUAGAUGAUUGUAUACAUUGAAUAAAUCACAUUAUAUGAAAUUGUUUUUAAGUUUGUGAUCGUAUCACUUUUAAAAUAUAAUUCUUAUUUUAUUACAGUUAACAAGAUCAGCCCUGGUUGGGAUGGCCUGCACUAAAAGUAGACUUUGUCGUGACUGCCAUACACAAAUAUGCAUACGAAAGUCCCACACCACUGCUGCUAAUCUCAACCUGACAUUUGAAAACAUAUUGGAUGGUAUUUUGUUUUGAUCAAAAGUUAUCCAGUAAAAUAUGAUACAUUACAUAGUAUUACAACUGAAGAACUUAAAGCAAACAAAAAUCAUGGAGUCAUCUAUUUACAGUUAUGUACACUUCAAUGUUAGCAACCGAAGAAUUCAGUGUUAUAAAUUAAAUUCUGUAUUCAUAUUCAUGAUCUCACAACUUUUCAGAUGUCAAUAAACAAAGGGCAAUUGCAAGACUCACUUCUGUUGAUGCAGUUAGAACUACAAAGGAGUAUGGACUCAAAGCUGACCACUCUUAUGCUGCUGUAUUGGUACCACUGUGUACUGUCAACAAAGAACCCUCUUUAAUUUUAACAUUACGGUCUUCAAGAUUAAAAAAACACAGAGGGCAGGUGAGGUAUGGUCAUUUAUUUGCUUGGCACUGUAGUUCAGGGUUUUACAACCCAAGGGGUCCUGAUAGUUUCACAGCUGUGUCUCAGGUGCAUGUGAGCAAUGGAGACAAAUAAAUACAAAUAGAUAUAGAAUUUUAACUUUAAAAAAAAAAAUUCUUGCACAAUACCAGGUAAUGUAGAAUCCAUUUAAUCUUGCAAUGAAAUUAUUGGAUUCCUUCCUUUGCUAAAGCAGCUAUAUGUUUAAAAUACUGCUGUAAAAUUUUAGUAAAUAGUUCUAUUGUAUCACGAGGUAAAAAAAUUUUUUUGAAACCUCAGCAGUAGUAGAUAAUAUAUUCACAUGUAUCUUAAGAACAGUUAUCUUUUUUUGACUAAGGACAUUGAUUUUGUACUGCUAUGUCUUUAUUUAUGUGUGUGUGCUUAUAGAUGAACUAGGACAGUGGUUCCCAACCUUUUUGACUCGCAGCACUCCUUUUUAAAACCAUUUUAUAUUGGGGAACCCUCAGGCAUACCCUAUGUCUUACAAUUAAAAGUUAAUGGUAUUAUUUAAAUUCUUGAAAACUGCACCCUUGAGAACUGCACCCGAUGGGAACUACUGUAUUAGGUCAUUGAAAGUUUGACCACACAUCCCGCCACAUUAAGAGCUUUUUCACAUUUCAUUUUCUCCCUCCAAACCCAAUAUUAUCCUAAGCUUAUACUUUUCCAAAGUAUAACUAUCAUAACUCCUUAGAGGAAACAAAUACUACUUUCUACAAAGACCUGUCACAUGUACUGAAUUUAUCGCACUGCCUUGGCAGCAAAGAUUCUAACUAGCAAGAUGCACCAUACCAUGGCCCUCUGAAUCAAGGCUUGAGUGCAGGGUUUCUGAAUCAUUAUUAGUCUAAAACACGUGUCAAACUCAAGGCACUUGGGCCACAUCUGGCCCACCGUACAAUUGUGAGGUUUUGACCGGCGUACAAUUAUAUCCAAGUCAAUGCUAUGGUGUUUCCUAAUGCACACUUUGCUGAAAAACUUAGCUUACUUCGCGCCGAGUUGGCACGGCCCUUUAGUGACUUUGAAGCGCAGAAAUGUAAUUUCGAGCUAUUUCAUAACCCAUUCGUCAUAGACAUGGAAACUGCACCUGUAAAUUUGUAGAUGGAGCUAAUAGAGCUGCAGUGUAAUUUGACACGAAAGGAAUAGUACGACACAGUUGGGCCUUCACAGUUCACUCGUUUCAUUCCUGAAGAGAUGCCCCAGCUUUGCCUAUAUGCGGCUCGAACUUUGAGUAUGUCGGGUAGCACAAAACAUCACACAGGAGUCGUCUCACUGAUCAACACUUGCUGUCCAUCAUGAGAAUCUUAGUGACACAGAACAUUACUCCCAACAUAAACGAACUUACUUGUUUUUUAGUCAAGAAAAUGUGUAUGCCAAUGAUUUUUAAUUAUUAAAACUUUUUUCUAUUUUCAUUUAUAUAAAUUUUUUCAAAAAAAGAUUAAUUUUCCGCUUAUUGAAUGUUUAUCUGGUUUUGCCCGCAACCUUACAUGUGAUUUGAGUUUUGGCCCACUGAGCUAUUGAGUUUGUCAUCCCUGAUGUAAAACAUUAUUAUAGGUCUUGGCCAGUGGUCUGUAAAUCGAGCCUUGCAGGUCGCAUGUGGCUCUUCAAUGACCUGAGUGCAGCUCAGCCAGUCGGCAAUAAAUAUCGGUUUUGACUCUGAAAAACGUGGUUCUUUACAGGUUUUUGAAAAGAAAAUUGGCUCUCAAAAAUGUUUUAUUCCAACGCCAAGGAAUUGAUUUACUGGUAGUGCAUAAAACAAAAUUGCAGCGUAAAUACUUGCAGUUAAAACUACUAGCUGAAGGAGAUAGUCAAAGUACCUGUAGAAAUAAUUUAUUAUUGAAUUGGUGUAGUAGCAGGGCAGACUACACCAUUACACAGAGAGGCAGAACAUGGCUGCUAUGCUGUGACGCCUUGAUCCAGAGGGCCAUGACCACACACACUAAAACACAACAAACAAUGUGCACCAAUUUCAAUUAACAAUCAAUAGAGUUAUAUUGCCAUCUUGUAACCCCUUGACUCCCUUAAACAUCCUAUUACUUCAAAACCCAAUUAAUCCCUUAUUCUCUUCAACCUUUGCUCCACUUUCCAUUGGCUUACCUCUCAACACACAACAGGACCUUUCAUUCAACUCCAUCAAAUCCAUCUGUCCCUUCCAAAACCGCCCCACCCCCCCCCCCCCCCCCCCCCCCCCCCCACAAAAAAAAAAUUCUUACCUCCUCCUUAUAUAUUCAGCUUCAGUCAAUUACGAAGUGUGGAUCUGAGUUAUGCAAGUAAAUUACCAUUAACUUAGGAUAUAAUUUUAAAAAGUUAAUUUAUAUAGGUACCAAAUAGAAGUAGAAGCAGCCAGGAGUCAAUUUUGUAUUUACUUAAUAUAUUUUUGAAAAAUUUAAUUACCAUCUUGACAUUAUCAUUAAAAUAUGUGUAGUGUUUCAUUUAGCCUAGAAUUAUGAUUGAUGUAAGACACAAUUUGUGAGUCACUAAGUGUAGAUUGCAGCUUUUUUAACAUGUUCACAUAUAGAGAUAAAGGCUUAUAGUAUAUAUAUUAUAUCUUUAUAAUUUUUAUUUUGUAUAUUUAGUUUCCCUGGAGGCAAUUCUGAUAAAUCAGAUCCAGAUUUCAUUCACACUGCUUUGAGGGAGACGCAGGAAGAGCUUGGAAUGGACCCAUCCUUCUUUGAGAUAUGGGGUCAAAUGAAUCCACUUCCUGGUUCAGUAAGAAUUCAUAUUUCUGAAUUUCAUAUUGUUAAUAAAAUCUUUCUUUUUUUUUUUUUUUUUUUUUUAUGUGCCAUGAAAGUAAAAAAUAAUCUUAAAAGUUCUAAGAAAAGUUACAUGUGUGUGAUCAAAUGAUAAAUAAUCCUGUUCCCAUCUGCUUUGAUCCAACAGGAUGGUAGGAAAGUGGUCUAUCCCAUCUUGGCUAGAACAGGAGAGGUCAAUGAUGAAACUCUCAACAUCAACCGAGAUGAGGUGGAGCAAGCCUUUUGUGUAUCUAUACGAACCCUCUGCGAUCCACGUUACUUUGGUGUUACACAUUUCCGUGAAGGUCAAGGCUACACACUUCCUGUAUACACUGGAGCAGCUCACAGGAUAUGGGGCCUGACGGCAAUCAUUGUGCACCAGACUCUAAGUAUCCUAGCCCCUGGCUUGUACGCACAUAAAGUAAAGAAUAAAAAAUAUUAUUCAAAAGCUCAGGUCAAGAGCACAAAACCACAGCAGCAGCUGACCACUGAAUCAAAGUCUUGAUGGUAAAGAACAUUAGUUUGUAUACAAAGUCUAAUUGUUAACAUAAUAUAAAUAAGGGUACCAGUAAAUUAUAAAGAAAACCACUUUAAUAUAUUGUGUUGGCUACAAAAUCUCUGUAGUUUUUUUUUUUUUAAUUGAAUAUAAAUUUGUGAUAUAUCAGUAUAUGUUAUGCACAUGUGUAUGAUAUUUAUAUUGAUGUAUAUCAGACCUGUUUACUCUUACAAUUGUGGCGUACAAUGAACGAUUUUGAGGUGUAUACAUUAUAUAAACUAUGUUUAUUUUUUACUAUUAAGAUAAUGUAUUGAACGAUUUUGUGAUGAUAUUGUACGAUUUUAAGAGUUUGGGGGUAAACAGGUCUGGUAUAUAGAUAUCAGUAUAUAUAUAAUGUUAUAAUAAAAUGUUGAAUGCAGUUAUACCCUGAUUUACCCAAUGAAUGUCUAUGGCAUAGAUGGUGUAAAUGACAGAGUAUAAGCUGGGGCAAAUAUGUCCUUAUCCACAUAUACCUGACGUAUGGGUUUUAUGAUUGCAAUGUACAAAUAAAAUGCUUAUUUAUCUAAUUUUUAACACUUUUGAAAAAGAUAAUUUAUUUUUUAAAAUAAAUGAGGUUUUAUUGAUUGUUUAUCUAUAAAAAAAAUGUUUUGUUUUAUCGUUUAUAAAUUUGUUUUCAUGGUAUGGUGACAUUGGAUGAGAGAGUUUCUG